AUGAUUGAAAACAGCAGAGAGUUGACCGCCUUCAAUGGUCAACCUGUGACUGUGCAAACUCUAGCAGCUGCAGACCGCCUUCUGAUCUUGUGGGCGCUUGUCUUCGUCUUUGUUUCUACGUGCUCUGCUGCUGACACCCAAGCUGACUGGCCAGAUGCGGAUGAAGAGAAUGCACUUAAAAAAGAUAUCGCUAUUGACCAGUUGACAAUCGACGAUUACAGUCGUUUCAACAGUCAGGAUGUGAAGCCAGGUGUAAAUCCCGCUGUUGAAUUCAGAAUUCAUGAGACACCUGUGUCGACCGAGGACCUCGCCAUUCCAGACGACGGCCUAACGUAUCAACGGGGCAAACGUGACGCGGAGGAGGAGGAGGAGGAGUAUUCUGGAGAGAACCCAUGUCUUGACGACAUCCCAUCAUGUCGCGGGGAUGGACAAGAAUGUGUCUUCAACACAUCAUUGCCUAACAACUACUAUUGUAAAUGUAAGCCUGGGUUUGAGGAGGUGACAGCUGCUCCACACCUCACCUGUGCAGAUGAAGAUGAAGAGGAUGCAUUUGAGAAAGACAUAGCCAUCGACCAGCUGAGAAUCCACGACUACAGCCGUUUCUACAGUCAGUACGGAAACCGGGUGAAGCCAGGCACAAGUCCUGCCUUCAACUUCACAGUUCGAGACCUGCCUGUCCCUAGGGAGGAUCCAGACGGUUUUAUAUAUCAACGGAGUAAACGUGCGGUAGACGACGAUGUGGAGUAUUCUGGAGAUGGGCCAUGUGGAGGCGACACCCCGCCAUGUCUCGAAUUAGGCCAAACAUGUGUCUUGAACGCGUCAUCAUCUGACGGUUACCACUGUGAAUGCGUGCCAGGGUUUGAGGAAGUUUCUCCAAACCUUAUCUGUACCGAAAUUCCACAGACACGGCGUGUGUACGUGACCACGCCUCUUGACACGCCCACCUACAACACGGAACUAAACAACAACAAGAGUGACAUUUUUCAGGAAUUCCAGAGAGCAUGCGACCGUUCUUUCAACGAUUUUUUCCGCAACAUAAUGGGAUUCGUGGGUCUUCGAACGCUGGAGUUCAGGGAAGGUACCCAGAAGGAGACAAUUGUGGUUUACGUCCUCUACUUCACGAGCUCUGGCACGACAACCCUUGUGUCUGUAGCCAAGUCAGUGCUACGCAUGGAGAGUGACCGUCAAAUAGUGAUUAAUAGUACAAUGUACCAAAUCACUAAAGCUUCGGGAAUCUUUCUAACCUUUGGUGGAAUUUCUUCAGAAAACGAUGACGUCGACUGGUGCAUGGACCCUUCUCUUUAUUCGUGUGAUGGAGAUAAGAGAUGUGUUGAUGGUGGACUUCGCUACACAUGCGAUUGCAAGCCCGGAUUUGUGAACAUAAGUGGACAGUGUACCGAUGAGAAAGUCUUGCAGUAUGAUCUCUAUCCUUACGGCCAAGCAAACGGAGACCAACUGCUUCCGGAAGGCGAUGAUGAUGUUUUUACUGUCGACGUCACGUCCGGUAUUCCAUUCGCCGACAAAACGUACUACUCCUUCUACCUCGGCAUCAACGGUCUCAUCACCUUUGACCAAAGAGACAGCGGACUGUACGUGCAGCUGUACAACCACAUCAAGAUGUUCAGUCCUUACCAGGCGGACAUCAUCACACGGGGUGGAUACGGCCAAAUCUGGUACAAGAUUUAUCCAAGACGAAGAAAUGCAACAGCUCUCUUUGAAAAGGCCGACAAAGAAGUAAUGGAGUUCCUUGACCUGAAAAAGUUCAAGGCUAAGCUUGUUAUCGUGAUCACGUGGGAUAGAGUGUCUCACUACUCCAACAGGAACAUGAAUAAUCGAGUGACAUUCCAAACAGUUUUAGCAUCUGACGGGGAGAUGUCCUAUGCACUGGUUUACUACAAAAAAGAUUCCAUGUUGUGGGAUCCUAUAGUGACCACCAAUGUUGUCAUAGGUCACUCGGAUGGCAAAAAACGACCCACUUCCAUCACCAGGUCUACUUAUUCCUAUAGCUUAUGGGCCAUCACAAGAAUGGGAACUCAUCAAGGCAAUACUGGACGACAAGGGACUUGGGCGUACAAGGUGGGCGAGAAGUACAGUCCUGACCAGAUAUGUGACGACUGGUACCAGACGUAUCUCCCCAACAUAAUUUCUUACCAUUCUCUGGACUCAUGGAUACCCAGGUGUCCUUGUAAUUUUCAUCAGCUUGGGUGGCGAUGGACUUUCCGCAGAUAUAUUAAUGAAAUCAACGCACGCUGUUACAACAUUGAGUACUCCUCGGGUUGGAGAUUUCGCUAUAGUGGAAGGGACUGCUGUUAUUCCAACACUGGAAAUUUCUGGACGUGGGUGCAAGGCAUACCGUAUGCGGGUGGAAUCACUACCUAUAACCCCGCCUACAACUUACAGCUCAACAAGGAGCACGACCGUGACCCCCAUGACGUCUGCUGCGGCCCGUCCUCCACCAUCGCCAGCUGCAGGAAGUACUACGACCUGCGACCCUACGGCUGGUGCACCACAGUUCCAACCUCUGAAGAUGCAUGGUCUUGGGGUGACCCUCACAUACUCACCCUGGAUGGUAUGGAGUACACAUUCAACGGUUGGGGGGAGUACACCAUGCUCAAGGUCCACACACAAAAUGUGACCUUCAACCUCCAGUGUCGGACAGACAGAGCUGAGACAGAGAACGGAACUCAGACCGAUGCCACGAUCUUCUCUGCCUUCGCGAUGGCCGAAAAUGGCGUCCGUGUGUUUGUACAGCUCGAUCCAAAUGACAACCAGUGUAAGACUCUCCAUCUACUUUACUGUAAUAGGCGCUCAAUGAUUUUCAACAUCCUCAGUCCUUGA